AAAGAUUGGUCCUGAGUCCUGAUCAAGAACGAGGUGUCUAACGAACUCCCAAUCGACCUCCACGAUGACAUGACAGGAUCCCAAGGUGCCACACGUGCCCUUUGGAGAAGUGGGUAUUCAGUAUAUUUGCAGAGCUAAUCUACGACACGGCACACGUCAACCCUAUCGAAUUGAAUGCACUGCAUGUUCCUCUUUGCUGAUCUGUCUUUAUCUUCGAACGUGUUGGUCCGGUGAAGUGUAAACCGCAGAUGAACCGGAUCCGAAGGGUUCAGCCGUUGAGAGAACUCUCUUGAGACUCCACUUUUUCCCUCCUUUCCAAGCAGUCGCAUGACUUGUUCUGUCAUCAACUUCCCCAACUAUCCUCCCCCUGAAUCAGAGACACUGUUAGUGCAGGAGCUUCUCCAUACGGAGCUCUUGAGAAUAUCCUAACUCAGAAAAAUGUAACACUCACCCCUCUUAGAGUUGUAGUUUAGCUGUAGGCAGACUCGGUCGAACCCCUCGGAUUCAGCGAACGUCUGCAGGCUAAUUGUUGCCAAAGAAUUAGUAUGGCUGAUCCCCACGAACAAAAGCAAGUGGAAGUGGUGGGGCUCAGUGGCGACCGUAAUGACCAUGGCCAUAACAUCAAAAGCCCGGAAGUAACUACCCCGAGAAGCGAUGCUUGGCGUUCCGGUUCUCCAAUGCUCAACCGCAAGACAAAGUCCAGGCUACUGGACCCUCCCGAGGAACACUUGCAGAGGUCGAACAUUUUUUCGGGUGACUAUUCUGGGCAAGUCGAUGAUGGCCACCAAGAAGACGACGGGGAUUCGGAUGACAUACCCGAGGAAUACAAGAAGACCGAGCUCAACUUCUGGUUGGUUCUCCAAGUAGCGAGUCUUGUACUGAUUAUGGUGGCCUUAGUGUGCAGCCUUGCGAUUCCGGAACUGGAGAGGCACAAGGUGUGGGAUCUUCCGCUCUGGAAAUGGGAACUGUUGGUUCUCGCUCUGAUCUGCGGGCACCUGGUCUCUGCUUGGGCCAUUAGGCUAAUCGUGUUCUUGAUCGAACGCAACGUCACACUGCGGAAACGGGUUCUAUACUUUGUGUAUGGUCUUAAGAAGUCUGCUCAGAACUGCCUGUGGCUCGGACUGGUCUUGCUGGUUUGGAACUGCAUAUUUAAUCGCAAGGUCGAGAAGGAGACGAGGAGCAAGAUUCUGCGGUACGUGACCAAGAUCCUCUUAUGCUUUUUGCUGGGCACGGUGAUUUGGCUCCUUAAGACCUUCCUCGUCAGGGUCCUUGCCUCAUCGUUCCAAGUGAACACGUUCUUCGAGCGGGUUCAGGAGUCUCUCUUUCAGCAAUAUGUGAUCGAGACGCUCUCAGGGCCGCCACUGUUUGGAACCCGGAGCACCAACGAGGAGAAGGCAAUGGCAGAGGUUGAGAAGCUACAGAAUGCAGGGGCAAAUGUUCCCUCCGACCUCAGGGGCUGCCUGAUUCUGAAUAGAGGAAAGCGCUCAGACGAUGGCCGAGAAGGUAAUAUCCCAGUUGAGCAGCUGCGCAAGCUGAACCAGAGAAACAUAUCGGCUUGGAAGAUGAAGAGGCUGAUGAACAUCAUUCUGCAUGGGUCUCUUUUGACUCUUGAUGAGCAGAUAAUCGAUAAGCCUUCUGUAAAAGACGAGGCUUCAAUACAGAUCAGAAGCGAACGCGAGGCAGAAAAGACUGCCAGGAGGAUAUUCCGGAGAGUGGCCAAGCCCGGAUCAAGGUACAUUUAUUUGGAUAAUGUCAUGCGCUUCAUGAGGGACGAUGAAGCCUACAGAACAAUGCAUCUCCUUGAAGCAAAAGCUGACCAUGAGGGAAUCAGCAAGGAAGCUCUUAAAAAUUGGAUGGUAAAUGCUUUUAGGGAGAGGAGAGCACUCGCCUUGUCCCUGAUCGACACGAAAAAAGCUGUGGACAAGCUUCACCGUGUGCUGAACUUUAUCGUGGCAUUCAUCAUCAUAAUAAUCUGUUUAAGUGUAAUGCAAGUCGCUGUCACUCACUUCCUUCUCAUCAUAAGCUCCCAAGUUCUUGUGAUGGCAUUUGUUUUUGGGAGUACCUGCAAGAAUCUGUUCGAGGCGGUCAUUUUCUUGUUCGUAAUACACCCUUUUGAUGUGGGAGAUCGUUGCGAAGUGGAAGGAGUCCAGAUGGUGGUCGAAGAAAUAAAUCUACUUACGACUGUGUUUCUGAGGUAUGACAAGCUAAAGAUCAUAUAUCCCAACAGUGUUUUGAUGACCAAACCCAUUGGUAACUACUAUCGAAGCCCGGAUAUGGGAGAUGCCGUCGACUUCUCCAUUCACAUUGCAACUCCAUUCGAAAAGGUCAAGAUCAUGAAGGAGAGAAUAGUAAGGUACAUUGAGAACAAGAGCGACCACUGGCAGCCUGCUCCGACGCUGGCGAUGAGGGAGAUUGAAGGUCUGAAUAGAGUGAUGAUGUCGGUUUGGCUCUCACACAGGAUGAAUCAUGAGGACGUGGUCGAGAGAUAUGCGAGGAGAGCCCUCUUGGUUGAAGAGAUGGUAAGAAUCUUCAAGGAACUCAAUAUUGAGUACCGCUUGCUGCCCCUGGAUGUGUAUAUCAGGAGUAUUGCAGAUAGGAGCCCUGAUCAUCGACAUCCUUCAAAUGAGACAAUCUGUAGUGAAACCGAUGACUUCCUAGGAUAUUAGGCUGUGAGAUAAAAAAAAAAAAAAAAAAAUUUAAUAGCCAAUUACGUGUUAAAAGGAAAAUCAGUUCAUGCCAGUAAUUUUCCGUACCGAUUCCGAAGAAGGGCUUUUCUAGAUUUGA